CGUGUCACCAGCCUGGCUCUGGGAGCUCCGCAGCCGAAGCGUUUGUUGACUUGAGCUGGAGAGGAACCGAGGCGGGACGGGACCUCAUCAGAGGGCAGAGCUGGGGGAGGAGGGAGGGAGGGAGGGAAGGAGAGCUGCGCAGACGGCGAGAACCGUCCAGGUCGCUCCUUUUUCUCCAGUGAGAAAACUUCCUCGGGAAGACCGGAAACUUUUUCCUAGGCGCGCGAAGUCUGGGGCGGAGGCGAGCGGUGAGUGUGCGCGGCUUUGGGUGAUGCACGCCGGAGACGCCGAGGAGAGUCAAAGGUUGGAGCCCUAGUGGAAUUCAUUUGCAUUUUCCACUGAGUGGAGCAUCCUCCUCUACCCACGGCCCCAGCAGGCAGCGCUGUGCCCCAUCUCCAUGCCCUGGCUGUGGCAGCUGUCAGGAGAAAGUGAGAUGACACAUCCUUUUUCUCCAAGAAACACAUCAUGGAAGUUUUUGAAGAAACCCAUGUGAGGUGUUGGCUACCUUUGUGGUUUUAAGAAAGCCUGAGGGCCUGAAGGCAGCCCCAGGAGAAGCCCUUUCCGAGGGCAUCCGGAACCUUCCCAUCCUAGAGGUGAAGCUGAACCGCCACCAGGACUUAUGACCCGAGGCUUCGCUCCCAUUCUGCCCAUCGAGUUCCACAAGAUGGGCUCCUUCCGCAGGCCUAGACCACGCUUCAUGAGCUCCCCCGUGCUCAGCGACCUUCCCCGAUUCCAAGCAACUCGGCAGACUCUGCAGCUGAGCUCCAGCUCAGCCUGGAACAGCGUUCAGACUGCUGUGAUCAACGUUUUCAAAGGGGGUGGACUGCAAAGCAACGAGCUCUAUGCCCUGAACGAAAACAUCAGGCGGCUGUUGAAGAGUGAACUUGGAUCAUUCAUUACAGACUAUUUUCAGAACCAGCUUCUUGCAAAAGGACUGUUCUUUGUGGAGGAGAAGAUCAAGCUGUGUGAAGGUGAAAAUCGCAUUGAGGUUCUGGCUGAAGUCUGGGACCACUUCUUCACCGAGACUCUCCCUACCCUGCAAGCAAUAUUUUAUCCAGUUCAGGGCCAGGAGCUGACUAUCCGCCAGAUCUCCCUGCUGGGCUUCCGAGACCUGGUCCUGCUGAAAGUGAAGCUGGGUGACCUGCUGCUGCUGGCCCAGUCCAAGCUGCCCUCGUCCAUUGUCCAGAUGUUGCUCAUCCUGCAGAGUGUUCACGAGCCCACAGGCCCAAGUGAGAGUUAUUUGCAACUGGAGGAGCUGGUGAAGCAAGUGGUUUCUCCUUUCCUCGGCAUCAGUGAUGACCGUAGCUUCUCAGGCUCUACGUACACACUGGCCAGGCGGCACUCCCGGGUCCGGCCCAAGGUGACUGUCCUGAACUAUGCCUCCCCCAUAACUGCAGUCAGCCGGCCACUGAAUGAGAUGGCCUUGACCCCGCUGACGGAGCAGGAGGGGGAAGCCUACCUGGAGAAGUGUGGCAGCGUGCGGCGGCACACGGUGGCCAAUGCCCACUCGGACAUCCAGCUGCUGGCCAUGGCCACCAUGAUGCACUCGGGCCUGGGGGAGGAGGCCAGCAGUGAGGACAAGUGCCUGCUCCUGCCACCCAGCUUCCCCCCACCCCACCGGCAGUGCUCCAGUGAGCCCAACAUCACCGACAGCCCAGACGGACUGGAGGAGGGGGCCGGGGGCAGCCAGGAGGGCUCGGAGCUGAACUGUGCUUCCCUCAGCUGACUUGCCACCCCGAGGCCUUUCCACCUCUUGUUUUGCAGCCAGGAUGAGGACACCUCCAUCUUCAUGGAUUAGCGAGGGGUUCUUGCUUUAUGCGAUGUUGCCUUAUUUCUUUUAGGGUACAGUCCUGGUCAAAAUGCCCUAAGGGGACGCCGCUGUUGGCAGCCUCUUUAUUUUGGUGACUGUGAACACUUCUUUGUGGUCAAUUGAAAGUGACUAACUGCCUAAUGGUCACUUUCUGACUCCAACCUUGCCAGCCUGACUCAGAUCCUCAUCUCUAGGCCUUUCCCCUGCAAAGACUGGACUGCCAAUGGCAUAUCCGAUGUCCUAGCCUUUCUGGAGCAGGAGGUUGUUGGGACCACACAUACAACCACCAAGGAUGUGUUGGCCUUUGGAGUUCCCCUUUAGAUUCCUUGUGAUGAGAUUUACGGAUGAAAAAUGAGUGGAGAGGAAACUCCUCUCCCCUAUUUUAUGUAGAGUGAAAAUAGCCUGCAGCCAUUACCCAGCGUGGUCUGGGAAUGUGCCUUCCUUAUGUUAGUUUCAGAAUUUCUGGGAAACGGUUACCCCUCUGGUGGGUGAGGAUCUAUCCUCACCUACAUCCUGAUCCUAUGUGCUGCCUGCACAGAGGCCUUUGGCUUUUGGCCUAGGAAGGCUGCAAGGCUGAAGCUGCCCUCUCUUUCGUUGAGCCUCAGCAUUUCCCUCUCAGGCUUCCUCUCAAGCUCAAGAAACUCACCCCCGGAUAAGUAGCUGGUGCCUCUUUUCUCUCAUUUCAGAAACAGACUUUCUCACCAUGCUUUCCUAUGGUGGGUGUGAGGGGCCAACUAAUACCAACCAACUAGCCUGUACCUGGAUUUGACUUGAAUUUUUAAAAUGUGUAUCGUUUCAAAAAAAAAAAGUUUGCAAAUUUUGCACGUAGGAUCUUGUACUGUUCAUUUCCAAUGGGGUGAGUCUUCACACUAAAAAAAAAAAACAAGCAGAACUCCUGGGAAAGGAGACUGGAAGUGGUUCAGGAUAAAGAUCUGUGGGAGGCAGGGCUCUUAUGUCACAGAGCUCUGGAAGCAGCUGGACUUGAAUCUGCAAUGGCCUGUGUAAAUUUAUAAAUUUCAUGGUUUCUAGGAAAAGCUGCAUUGGGAGGGGGACACCCAGUUUGCCUCAUGGGCAGAGGAUUUUUCCAGGAAGCAUGGAAAAUGGAAUGGAUUUUUCCAGGAAGCAUGGAGAGGAGACAUGUGGGCAGGACCUUUUGGAGGGACAGGAUGUUUAUUCCCUGUGGUAAAAGAAACACCUGGAAUUUCUAGCACAUGAAGCACUUGGGGGAAGCAGGUCCUGGUACUGUGCCACAUCCUUCCACUGCUCCCUCCAGCUCUGGGAGCUUUUAUCCACCUUGCAUCCCUAUCCUCCUCUUUGUAGUUGUCCGUCUUACUGAUAACAGCUCCAGGCAAAAAGACAAGGCUCCCCUCUGACCCUUCCUACUGGUGUUUAUGAAAUCUCAAAGAGAGGAGCUACCUUGGCUUCCAAUACGGCAAGAGGGUGAUGGGAGGAGGUGAAGAUCAGUCUAAGCUGUCAUGGUGAUGAGAACUUCUAAGCUCACCUAACUCUUGAUGGCAUUUCCCUUCUGGGUGAAGAUUUGAAAUAUGAUCAGAAUUGUGCUCUUGAUGGCUUGGAAUUUAGAAAUUUUAAGAGUUAUUUCAUUUUCAUCCUAUGAGCGAUGGGAGAGAAAUGUCCAAAGGCGAUCUGCUGCUCUAAGAAUUUCAAACAAAAAAUAAUCUCUGUAUGUUGGAAAAAGUCUACAAAUUGGCUAACAUGCAUUAGCAAAUGGAACAUCAGUAGGCAGCAACAUGAUGAUUUAUGUAACUGAUGGCUUCUGUCCUGAUUAGUACAUUUAACAUUUGAGACUAGUAUUUAUUGAUCCAGGCAAAGUAAUUAAUCAUGCUUGGGUUUACUUUUUCAGUUUAUAAGGUUAGUCAUAGAUGUGUGUGUGUGUGUGUGUGUGUGUGUGUGUGUGUGUGUGUAUAAAUGCCUUUUCCAUGUCUUAAAUGUCCCUGAUGAGGAGCGGAGUCAUCAAUUAAAUACAAAAGCUCUUAAAAUGAGAAUGGGACUAUCAGUAUAGACCCAGUGUACUUAAUUGCUGAUAACGGUUAGCCAGUUUACAACUUUAUCAUUGAUAUACACAUUUGAUGUAUGUACAGUAAAUAAACUGUACCUAAAAAUUGUAUUGAUGUUUAUGGGCAUGUUAGCUAUCAGAGAGCUACUGGAAGAGUGAUAGCCAAAGUGUUUUUAACCACUUUUUCUUUCCUAGAUUCAUUUUCAUUAUUUAUGCUAGGAUUGUCUUAGGGUUGACGUUUAAUGACAGGAAGCAAUCAUGACUCUUAACUCCGAGUGAGCUCACAGAAAUCUUUCAUGUGGUCUGUUUCCAAAAUGGAUUCAAUAAACAACAUUUUGUCCAUGUUACCCUCUUCUCA